UGCAAACUGCCCAGUCCUUGGGUUUGCCUGGAGCACUGUGGGGUGCUGGUGGUUUACUGAUAGGAGGGGGAGGGGGGCUCCCAUCCAGCUCCGCUCCUUGACUGAUUUCCCUCCUGGUGGUUUUGGGACAUCUGUCAUCAUUUCUGGUGCCUUUGGCAGGUGUGAGUUCCAUGUUACAGAUGGAGAAACUGAGGCUUGGCCAGGGUCACACUGGCCUUCCAGAGUUUCAGAUGAAGGCUUUGUGAUCUUGACCCCAUGGGGGUCAUGCUCCCCGAGCGACCCCUCCCUUCAGUGUGCAGAAGAUCUUAGUGCCCAGAACUGGGGGUCCUAGGAGGGUCUCCCUGCCCCCACAGGUGACCUCUCUCGGUCUCCUCGUGGGGAGCAGCCUCUCCCCACCGUCCCUGCUCUCAGGACUCUCUCUCUCUCAUUGUGGGCAGGUCACACCAGCCUAGGCAGAGAAUCUUCAGACUCUCUUCUGCACCCCAGCUGGCAGAGGACCCAAGCAGGGAACCAGAGACAUGGCCCCUGGCAGCCAGAGCCCCUCAGCCCAGGAGUUGGUGACAAUCAAGGAUAUUAUUGUGGACUUAACCGAGGAAGAGUGGGGGCUGCUGGAACCUUCUCAGAAGGAGCUGUACAAGGAGGUCAUGCUGGAGAAUGUUCAGAAUCUGCUCUCCCUGGAUGUAGAAAUUGGAUUCAAGGUAAAUGAGAUGAGUAAAAGGCUGAGAAUUUUUGUGGAAGAACAUGAUCUGCAAAAGUUUAUGGAUGAUGGUCCCUGUGACUUCUAUUUGAAGAAAAUGCAUGAUUUUAUUCUGGAAGUAGAUAGAUAUCCAAAGAGUUAUUGGGAAGUUUGUGAAAUUGGAAAGAGAUUCAGAUGGUCUUCUAUCCUAAAUAACUGUAAGAAAAUGACCUCAGGAAGUGAUUAUCUUCAAGGUGGUAAAUACAAGAAAUGCUUCACUGAAGAGGUAGAGACGUUGGUUCCAGGUAAUCAGUGCGACAUGGCUGUGAAGUACAGUUCAGAUCUCCAUGGUGAUCAGAAAAGUGAUACUGAAGAAAGGCUUUCCAUAAGUAAUAAAAGUGAGAAUGUUUUCAGUCAGAAUUUUAAUCUCAUUACUUAUCAGCAAAUGCACAUUGGAAAAGAACCUGAUGAACAUAAUGUAUGUAAAACGUCAUCCUAUUACCACCCUGGAAUGAAAAGACAUGAAUAUGAUCAGUAUGGGAAAGCCUUUGGUUGGAAUCCAGCUCUUGCUAGCCCUCAGAAGGCUCAUACUGGAGAGGUGUCUCAUGAAUGUAAUGAAUGUGGGAGAAGUUUUUAUUAUGACUCAUUCCUGCUUAAUCAUCAGAGAAUUGACCUUAGAGAGAAGCCUUUAUGUGUUCAGUGUGAGAAGCCUUACGUAUGCAAUCAAUGUGAAAGAACUUUUAGAGAUAUCUCCAGUCUAGCAAAACAUAAGAAAACGCACACUGGAGAGAAAGCUUAUGAAUGUAAUCAGUGUGGAAAGAAUUUUAGAUCAAGCUCCCAUCUUGCUAGACAUCAAGGAAUCCACACUGGAGAGAAACCUUAUAAAUGUAACUAUUGUGGAAAGACUUUCACGGUGAAGGGCAAUCUUGCUAGACAUCAGGGAAUCCACAUUGGAGAGAAGCCUUUUAAAUGUAAUCAGUGUGGAAAGGCUUUCACGCAGAGUUCCAAUCUUGGUUUACAUCAGAGAAAGCACACAGGAGAAAAACCUUUUAAAUGUAAUCAGUGUGAAAAGGCUUUCAUAUGUAAUUACAGGCUUGCCGAACAUCAGAGAAUCCACACUGGAGAAAAACCUUUUAAAUGUCAUCAAUGUGGAAAGGCUUUUAGAUGCAACUCAAAUCUUGCUGCACAUCAGAGAAUCCACACUGGAGAGAAACCUUUUAAAUGUAAUCAAUGUGGAAAGGAUUUCACACACAGUUCCAAUCUUGCUUUACAUCAGAGAAAGCACACUAGAGAAAAACCUUUUAAAUGUAACCAGUGUGGAAAGGCUUUCAGAUUCUCCUCCAAUCUUUCUAGACAUCAGAGAAUCCACACAGGAGAGAAACCUUUUAAAUGUAACCAGUGUGGAAAGGCUUUCACACAGACUGCCCAUCUAGCUUUACAUCAGAGAAAUCAUACUGGAGAGAAACCUUUUAAAUGUAAUCACUGUGGAAAGGCUUUCAGAUUCUCCUCCAGUCUUGUUACACAUCAGAGAAUCCAAACUAGAGAGAAACCUUUUAAUUGUAAUCAGUGUGGAAAGGCUUUCAUACAUAAUUACAAACUUGCAGAACAUCAGAGAAUUCACACUGGAGAGAAACCUUUUAAAUGUAAUCAAUGUGGAAAGGCUUUUGUAUCCAGCUCCCAUCUUGCUAGACAUCAGAGAAUCCACACUGGAGAGAAACCUUUUAAAUGUAAUCAAUGUGGAAAGGUUUUCAGAUUCUCAUCCAGUCUUGUAACACAUCAGAGAAUCCACACUGGAGAGAAACCUUUCAAAUGUAAUCAAUGUGGAAAAGCUUUCAGAUUCUCCUCUAAUCUUGCUACACAUCAGAGAAUCCACACAGGAGAGAAACCUUUUAAAUGUAAUCAUUGUGGAAAGGCUUUCACACAGAGUUCUAUUCUUGCUAAACAUCAGCGAAUCCACAUUGGAGAGAAACCUUUUAAAAUGUAAUCAAUGGGGAAAGUUUCAGAUGGAGCUCCCGUUUUUGCCAGACCGCAAAGGAUCCACAUUGGAGUGAAAUUUUUUUUUGACAAUUGUUGGUUGUUGUUGUUGUUAUUGUUGUUGUUUUUCCUAUUUUGGGUAGGAGAGGUUAACAGUGGGAAGUAUACUAGCCAUAAUAUUGUCAUUCCUCUGAUCCUCUAAUCUAAAAUAAUACAGAAGGCAUUAUUGCAGUAAUGAUACAUGUAAUAGAACAGAAGGACUGAAAAAGCUUUGAAAAAUGUUUUAUGGAAUUCAUUACUACUCAAAUAAAAAAUUCAGGCUUUGCAAAUUUUUCUUGAUAUAUUUUUCUGUUUUGUGUAAAUUUAAAAUGUUCAUUUGAUUUCAUUUGUAUGAAUUUCAAAGUUAAAAAAGAAAUCAGAUUCCAACAAUGAGAGGAUCCAAAUCAGUUCCGAUUGAUCUGUAAUGAACAGAACCAGCUCCAUCCAGAGAAAGAACACUGGGAAAUGAGUAGGGACCAAAACAUAACAUUUCCACUCUUUCUGUUAUUGUUUGCUUGCAUUUUGGUUUUCUCUUCUCAAUUAUUAUUACCUUCUUUCUAAAUCCGAUUUUCCUUGUGCAACAAGAUAACUGUGUAAAUAUGUAUACAUAUAUUGUAUUUAACAUAUACUUUAACAUGUUUAAGAUGUAUGGGACUACCUGCCAUCUAGGGAAGGGCAUGGAGGGAAGGGAGAGGAAAGUUGAAACAAAAGUUUUUGCGGGGAUCAAUGUUGAAAAAUUGCCCAUGCAUAUGUUUUGUAUGUAAAAGGUUAUAAUUUUUAAAAAUUAAAUAAAAAGAAAUCAGAUAUU